AUGUACAGUAAUUUCAAGGAGCAAGCGAUCGAGUAUGUGCGGCAGGCAGUGGCAGAGGACAACGCGGGGAACUACGCCAAGGCCUUCCCUCUGUAUAUGAAUGCUUUGGAAUAUUUUAGGACCCAUUUGAAGUAUGAAAAGAACCCAAAAAUAAAGGAGGCGAUUACUCAAAAGUUUACGGAGUACUUGCGCCGGGCGGAGGAGAUCCGGGCCGUGUUGGAUGAGGGCGGCUCGGGGCCAGCGUCUAAUGGGGAUGCGGCAGUGGCUACUCGGCCCAAGACCAAGCCGAAGGAUGGGAAUGAUGGGGACGAUGCGGAUAAGGAGAAGCUGAGGUCUGGGUUGAAUUCGGCUAUCAUCAGGGAGAAGCCUAAUAUCAAGUGGAAUGAUGUAGCGGGAUUGGAAAGCGCUAAGCAGGCGCUCCAGGAGGCCGUGAUCUUGCCUGUCAAGUUCCCUCAGUUUUUUACUGGCAAGAGGCGCCCAUGGAGGGCUUUCCUUUUGUAUGGUCCACCUGGAACAGGAAAGUCAUAUUUAGCUAAGGCUGUUGCUACUGAAGCUGACUCAACCUUUUUCAGUGUUUCUUCUUCAGACUUAGUUUCAAAGUGGAUGGGUGAAAGUGAGAAGCUAGUUUCAAAUCUCUUCCAAAUGUCUCGUGAAAGUUCUCCAUCCAUUAUAUUCAUUGAUGAAAUAGAUUCCCUUUGUGGCCAACGUGGAGAAGGAAAUGAGAGUGAAGCUUCUAGACGGAUCAAAACAGAAUUGCUUGUGCAGAUGCAGGGGGUUGGCCACAAUGAUGAUAAAGUUCUUGUACUUGCUGCCACGAACACUCCUUAUGCUCUUGAUCAGGCUAUCCGGCGACGAUUUGAUAAGCGCAUUUACAUCCCUCUCCCAGAUCUGAAGGCACGGCAACACAUGUUCAAGGUGCAUUUAGGAGAUACCCCUAACAACUUGACUGAAGGAGAUUUUGAAGACAUGGCUCGUAAAUCCGAAGGAUUCUCUGGUUCAGAUAUUUCUGUUUGUGUUAAGGAUGUCCUAUUUGAGCCUGUGCGGAAAACGCAAGAUGCCAUGUUUUUCAUCAAGACUUCUAACGGUAUGUGGAUGCCAUGUGGACCAAAGCAAUCAGGUGCCGUCCAGAUAUCAAUGCAAGAGCUUGCUGCUAAAGGACUUGCUUCACAGAUCAUUCCACCUCCGAUAUCAAAAAUGGACUUUGAUAAGGUGCUCGCAAGACAGAGGCCUACGGUGAGCAAAGCUGACCUUGAUGUUCAUGAGCGUUUCACAAAGGAGUUCGGUGAGGAAGCAACUGCACAAGUUCUUUUCCAUGGACAUAUUAGGGAGUCCUUUCUCUCCUUUGUAUUUGCGUGUCAAAAUGCUAGAUUUGCAUUAGUACAUGGAGCCACCCACAAUACAAAGCAUUACAUUGUCUACAUGGGGCAUAACUCCCAACACUCCAACUCAGAAUCUGCCAUCAAGACUAACCAUGAAGUGCUGGCUUCAGUCAUUGGAAGCCAUGAUGGAGUACAAGAUGCAGCACUUCACCAUUAUACAAAAACUUUCAGAGGCUUCUCUGCUAUUCUAACACCAGAUCAAGCUGCAAAACUUGCAGAGCACAAUUCAGUUCUGUCCGUGUUUGAAAGCAAGACAAACAAGAUCCACACGACACACUCGUGGGAAUUUCUGGGCUUAAACAGAUUGCAACGAAAUAAUCAACUAUCAACGUACUCAACAUCUGACACAAUUGUUGGUGUCAUUGACAGUGGAAUUUGGCCUGAAUCGAAGAGCUUCAACAGCUACGGAUUAGGACCUGUGCCCGCAAAAUUCAAGGGGGAAUGCUCAGCUGGAGAGAAUUUCACAUUGUCCAACUGCAACAGAAAAAUUGUGGGAGCCAGAUUUUAUUCAACAGGGUUUGAAGCAGAAAAUGGUCCUCUAGAAUCAUUUGGUCUUACCUUUUUCCGAUCUGCACGAGAUAGUGAUGGGCACGGAACCCAUACUGCCUCCACUAUUGCAGGCGCACCAGUUGACAAUGUUAACUUAUUUGGAGUAGGGACAGGCACUGCAAGUGGAGGUGCAAUAAAUGCUCGACUUGCAAUCUACAAGGCUUGCUGGUUCAAUCUCUGUAGUGAUGCAGACGUUCUUGCUGCUUUAGAUGAUGCUACUAAUGAUGGAGUCGAUAUUAUAUCCAUGUCUCUUGGACCAGAUCCGCCCCAACCUAUCUACUUUGAGAAUGCGAUUUCAAUUGGAAGUUACCACGCGUUUCAAAAAGGAAUUGUGAUUUCUGCAUCAGCCGGGAACAGUUUUUUUCCAGGUACUGCAACUAAUAUUGCUCCUUGGAUCCUAACUGUUGCAGCAAGCACCAUGGACCGUGAAAUUCAGACUAAUAUUUACCUAGGAAAUUCAAAAGUCAUAAAGGGCUUCAGUAUAAAUCCACAAAACAUGGAGAGCUUUUACGGUUUGAUAGCAGGGAGCAUGGCAUCGGUUCCUGGAGUUAACCCAAAAAAUGCUAGUUUCUGUAAGAACAAUACCUUAGAUCCCAACUUGAUUAAGGGGAAGAUUGUUGUCUGCACACUUGAGAUACUCACUGAUAACCGCAGGGAGAAGGGCAUUAUUGUAAAACAAGGUGGUGGUGUAGGGAUAAUACUCGUCGAUCCACUUGCCAAAGAUAUCGAAAUUCAGUUUGUACUACCAGGUACCUUGAUAGGUCAAGAACAAGGAGCAGAGCUGCAAGCAUACAUGACUGCACAGAAGAAUCCAGUGGCCAGAAUAUACCAAACAAUUACAGUUUUGCCCACUAAGCCAGCCCCCGAAAUGGCUAUGUUCUCAUCAAUGGGUCCAAAUGUUCUCUCUCCAGAUAUAAUCAAACCCGAUAUAACAGCACCUGGCGUGAAUGUUUUGGCAGCAUGGUCUCCAGUUGCUACCGAUGCUACUGCUGGUAGAUCCCUUGACUACAACAUAAUCUCUGGUACUUCCAUGUCUUGUCCACAUGUUUCUGCACUAGCUGCCAUUGUAAAAUCCUCUAAUCCUUCAUGGAGCCCAGCAGCAAUAAAGUCUGCAAUAAUGACAACAGCAACAUUUCUUGAUAACACUCAGAGCUUCAUCAGAAGACAUCCAAAUGACACUCAGACCUCGCCUUUUGACUAUGGAUCCGGGCAAAUAAAUCCAGCUGCAGCAAUUGAUCCUGGUUUAGUUUAUGAUUUUGAUUCUACCAACAUUAUUGAUUUCCUCUGCAGCACUGGUGCAAGUCCUGCUCAGCUGAAAAACCUUACUAGUGAUACGAUGUAUUGCAAGAACACCCCCACAUCCCCUUAUGAUUUCAACUAUCCUUCAAUUGGGGUCUCCAAUAUGAAAGGAAAUCUGUCCGUGCAUAGAACGGUGACAUAUUUUGGUAAAGGGCCAACUGUUUAUAAAGCAAAAAUGGCCUACCCGGCUGGUGUAAAAGCCUCAGUCAUACCUAGUGAGCUCAAAUUUGAAAAUCCAGGGGAGAAGAUGUCUUUUAGGAUAGAUUUUACACCCUACAAGACUAGUAACGGAGACUUUGUUUUUGGGGCCUUGACAUGGACUAAUGGGAUCCACAGAGUAAGGAGUCCUAUUGGUCUUAAUAUACUAUCAGUUUAG